UGCCCCAUCCAGAUGAGUCUGCUCAGUGUCCAGCCUGCACCAUGGGGUAUAGAACUCUCUGCCUGGUUCUGCUGUUGGCAGUGGCCGGAUCCUAUGCCCAACAAUGCACUCUGAUAACAGCAAGCUUGCUACGCGUAGAGACCGACGAGACCAUUGUGGUCGAUGCCCAAGGACACAACUCUCCAUUCGAUGCUAACAUCUACAUCAAGGACUUUCCUCAGAAGAAACUCAAUCUUGCAACAGCCAAAGUCUCCUUGAAUAAAAACAAUGAGUUUCUUGGAACUGCCACGGUCAAGAUUCCCUCUGACCAACUCCCCAAAGACACAAGAAAUAAUCAGUUUGUGUAUGUCGUUGUGAGUUCUAAUUCCUGUACACUAGAGAAAGUUGUGAUGUUGCAGUACAGCAGUGGAUACAUCUUCAUUCAGACAGAUAAGACUAUCUACACCCCAGGAUCUAAAGUUAUGUACCGGGUUUUCUCCUUGGACUACAAGAUGAAGCCAAUCAUAAAACCAUUGGUCAUCGAAUUUGUGAACCCAGAGGGCAUCAUUGUAGUCAGAAAUUUCAUCCAACCUGCCACUAAGUCUGGAAUCUUGUCUGAGACAUAUAAUGUGCCCCAACUUGUGAGCACCGGCAUAUGGACUAUCUCAGCAAAGUAUCAAGCCACCCCUAAUCAAAAUUACACCACCAAUUUUGAGGUGAAGGAAUAUGUACUCCCCACAAUUGAAGUUAUUCUGAAGCCUGAAAGUACUUUCUAUUAUACUUCUUCUGAUUCAUUUUCUGUUACUAUUGAGGCCCAGUAUCUGUUUGGGAAGCCGGUGGAAGGACAUGCGUUUGUGCUCUUUGGGCUACAGUCGGACGACACUAAGAAAGGAAUUCGAGAGUCUCUAGAGAGAGUACAGAUAAACGAAGGUGAAGGACGUGCUGAGCUGAAAGCGAUACACAUUCGGAAGUCCUUUAGUUUAGCUGAGAUGUUGAAAUACAAGUUAUACGUAACGGUCUCUGUCUACACGGCAACAGGCUCUGACAUGGCAGAGGCUCAUUUAGAGAAUAUCCACAUUGUGACAUCACCCUACAAGAUCCUUUUCACCAAAACCGCCCAAUAUUUCAAGCCUGGAUUGUCUUAUGACGUGACGGUGUUUGUAACCGAUCCCGAUGGUUCACCUGCUAGUAAAGUCCCUGUGGUGGUUCAGCCAGGAAAACAUCGUGGGGAAACUCAAGACGAUGGAACCAUUAGGCUGACACUAAACACUGAUGCAGUAAAAUCAAGAAUGGAGAUUUCAGUCACAACAGACAAAAAAGAUGUGGAACCCCAGCAUCAAGCAACUGCGAGUAUGGUUGUUAAAGCCUACAAACCCUCCCCAGGGUCUGGGAAUUACCUGCACAUCAGCAUUCCUGGAUCAGAGCUAAAACUUAGAGACACUCUCGCAGUGAAUUUCUACAUCAAAAAUAACGCUCCAGUUCAAUUCCAGCAUUUCACCUAUUUGAUCAUGAGCAGGGGGAGAAUCAUGAAGGUCGGCAGGCAAGAGCGAUUAUCCAAUCAGCCCGUUGUCGCCAUGGCUCUGUCUAUCACUGAGGACUACCUACCAUCUUUCCGUAUUGUGGCAUAUUACAUGGUGACAACAAAUGGAAGAACUGAAAUUGUGUCUGACUCUGUCUGGGUGGACGUGGUAGAUACCUGCAUAGGAACGCUGGAGUUGAAAGGUUACAAGGAUAAAGACAAAGCAGUCCAAAAACUGCCUGCAACCGUGCAGCUAGAACUCCGAGCCGACCAUAAAGCCACCGUGGGGCUGGUGAUUGUGGACAAGGGUGUCUUUGUGCUGAACAAGAAGUUUAAACUCACUCAGCGUAAGGUGUGGAAUUCAGUUGAGAAGUCGGACAUUGGCUGUACUGCUGGAAGCGGUGCUAACAGCGCAGGGGUCUUUUAUGAUGCCGGACUUGCUCUACAGACUUCCUUCAGUAUCACUACCCAUCAAAGAAUAGAGCCUCAAUGUAAACCCGCUGCACAGCGUAAACGCCGCUCAACCACCGCUCUAAUGGAGAUUAAAUCUGGCAAAGCUUCAAACUACAAGGACAAGGCAAAGAAGUGCUGCCUGGAUGGAAUGCAGGAGAACCUGAUGGGCCACAGCUGUGAUCGACGUGCCCGUUACAUCUUGGAUGGGAAGGAAUGUGUGGACGCUUUCCUGGACUGCUGCAAAUACUAUGAGAAGAAGAGGGAAGACGAGAGAAAGAGUAAAGACGAGGAUACUCUGGAAAGAAGUGAGGAGGAAUCUGAUUACAUGUUGGAAUCUGAAAUUGAUAUCAGGUCGGACUUUCCAGAGAGUUGGCUCUGGAUAGAAAAGGAAAUGACCGGAGUUCCGGACAAAGACAAGAUAUCAAAAAAAAUCUUAAAUGUUAACUUGAAAGACUCAAUCACAACUUGGGAGGUUCUGGCUGUGAGCUAUUCUGACAAAGGUCUGUGUGUGGCUCCUCCCCACGAGAUUAAGGCAAUAAAGGAAUUCUUUAUCGAUCUAAAACUGCCUUAUUCUGUUGUGAGGAAUGAACAGGUGGAGAUUAGAGCCAUUAUCUACAACUAUAACAGCAACAGAAUUAAGGUGCAAGUGCAGUUCAACUACAAUAAAGAGUUCUGUAGCCUGUCCACACCCAAAAAGAAGUUUCAACAGGAAGUUUGGGUUGGUGCCGAGUCCUCCGUUGUUGUUCCUUUUAUCAUUGUUCCUCUCACCAUUGGUGAGCAUGAUGUAGAAGUGACGGCAAUGGUCUAUAAGCAGUUUGUUUCAGAUGGUGUGCUGAAAAAGCUAAGAGUUGUGUCCGAAGGAAUGCUUGUUUCAAAAACAUUGACUACAGUUAUUUUAGAACCAGAAUUAUUAGGAAAAGAUGUGUGGCAAGAAGUAAAAAUUGGAGCACUGAUUGCACCAAAUAUUGUUCCCAAGUCAGACAUUGACAUCAAAGUCAUUUUACAAGGAACCCCAAUUAGUCAGCUGGUGGAGAAUGCCAUUGAUGGCAGCCGGCUUCAUCACUUAAUUCAGAUGCCAGACGGUUGUGGAGAGCAGAACAUGAUGAGAAUGACUACUAAUGUCAUCACUACUCGGUAUCUUGAUGCCACCGGGCAGUGGGAGCGAGUUGGAGUGGACAGAAGAGAAAAAGCCCUCAACAACAUUAAAGAUGGUUAUCAGAAAGAACUGGCUUUCCGGAAAUCUGACCUCUCCUUUUCAGCAUUCCAAGAAAGGCCAUCCAGCACGUGGCUCACAGCUUACGUAGCUAAAGUGUUUGCCAUGUCCAAGGAAUACACAUAUAUUGAUGAUAAUGUUCUCUGUGGUGCAAUCAAGUGGCUUAUACUGGAGACGCAGAUGCCCGAUGGAAUGUUCAUAGAGAAAGGACCUGUCAUCCAUAUGGAAAUGGUGGGUGGAAAUAAAAAAGGAGCAGCAGAACCAGAUGCAGCCCUCACUGCCUUUGUACUCAUCUCUAUGCUAGAGAGCCGGGACAUUUGUACCCCACACCUGACUAGCCUGGGAGAUCAUAUUAACAGGGCUGUCAACUUCUUGUGGGCUAGAUAUUCACAACUGCGCAAACCCUAUUCAAUUGCAAUCACAUCCUAUGCACUUGCACUGGCCGGGAAGCUCCAGGACACACAGAUACUACAGAAAGCAGCAACAGAUAAGAGCCACUGGGAAGAGCCACAUGCAUUCUUUAUCUCGCUGGAGGCCACAUCGUAUGCUCUUCUGACCCUCCUUAAACUGAAGGAGCAUGAUCCAACCAGGGCCAUAGUGCGUUGGCUAAAUGAGAAGAGAUAUUAUGGAGCGGUUUUUGAUUCCACGCAAGCUACCAUUAUAAUGUUCCAAGCUCUGGCUCAGUAUCAGCUGGAUGUGCCACAUGUUAGUGACUUGAGCAUGGACGUCUCUAUCUACCUCCCUGAGAAAAAAAACCCUUCAGAUAUCCGCAUUGAUAAUGAGAACGCCAUGAUGCCACGUUCAGAAGAGACUACCAUAAAUCAAGACUUUGUGAUUAAAGCUAAAGGCCCAGGACAAGUUCUUCUGACAGUAGUAUCUGUGUAUCACAGUAUUGAAAUCGAGAAGCAAAUGACAUGUCAAAACUUUGAUGUCUCUGUGAAGGUGAAUGAAGAAAAAGAUGUGAAGGUCCCAAAUGGUGCUGUGGCUGCAGUGUCAAUUGAAGUCUGUGCAAGGUUUCUCAAAGAUUCUGAUGCCACCAUGUCCAUCAUCGAUAUUUCAAUGAUGACCGGCUUCUAUCCUGAUACAGAUUCCCUAAAUAAGCUAAAGGAUGGAGUGGACAAAUACAUCUCCAAGUAUGAAAUCAACAAAGGAGCAAAUGAGAAGGGAACCCUUAUUCUCUACGUAGAUAAAAUCUCCAACACUGAGCCAGAAUGCAUCAAGUUUUAUGCUCACCAGUAUUUUGAGAUGGGUCUCGUUCAACCAGCUUCUGUUACAGUGUAUGACUAUUAUACUCCAGAGAACCGUUGCACCAAAUUCUACCACAUUAAUGAGAGCAGUGCGCUAUACGGCAAGCUUUGUUUGGGAGAGCUGUGCCGCUGUGCAGAGGAGAACUGUUUCCUUCGGCAGACAAUUGACAAACAAUACACAGCUGAAAUGAGAAGUAAAAUGGCCUGCGCUCCGGGUGUGGAUUAUGUGUACAAGGCUAACGUCAAGGAGGUGCAACACAAAGAAAGCUACGACAACUACGUGAUGACAAUAGUGAAGGUGAUUAAGCAAGGUACAGAUGAGUUUGGUGAGGAUAACGAACGUAAUUUCAUCAGUCACAUCAAAUGUCGGAAAGCUUUAGACCUGAUGGUUGGCAGAGAUUACCUGAUAUGGGGUAUAACCGGGGACGUUUGGAAACAGCCUAACGGGUAUGCCUACAUCAUUGGCAAGGACACAUGGAUUGAGUGGUGGCCAACGGAGAGGGAUUGUCAGAAAAGAGAAAACCAAAAUAUCUGUGAUAUAUUUGAUGACCUUUCUGGAUACCUGGAGAUUGCCGGGUGCCAGAACUGAAAGAAGUGGCUUUUAACCCUUUAUAGAUAGCUCCAGACAUCCCAUUUCCUAUUUUAUAUUACUUUCCAUGGUUUAUAUAUAGUCCAUAAAAACACUUUAUUCACCUGCAUUGGCUUCUUCCACAGCAUCUGUUCAUCAACCAUAAUGUAACUACAUAUGACAUUGAGGUUAUAGUCAAUAAUGUGAAUAUUCCCAUACAUUUUAUGUCCUACAUAUACUGCUGUCAUUGGUCAAUCCUUAAAAUAGAGAUGCCCAGUCCAUAACCUUCCACUUAAUAAAUUUCAACUCUACGAAAUCUA